AUGUCGCGCAAGCAAGUAGACUCGAGAAUCCCGGCUCUCAUCCGCAACGGAGUCCAGGAAAAGAAGAGGAGUUUCUUUGUGGUUGUCGGUGACCAUUCCAAAGAUACGAUCGUCCGCCUGCACUAUAUCCUCUCCCAAGUCGACGUCAAGCAGAACAAGUCGGUGCUAUGGGCCUACAAGAAUAAGCUGCUCGACUUCACCAGCCACCGAAAGAAGCGCGAGGCAAAGAUCAAGAAGGAAAUCAAACGAGGCACACGAGAAGCAAACUCCGAGGACCCCUUCGAACUUUUUGUUUCGCUCCACAACAUCCGAUAUGUCUACUACAAGGAGACAGAGAAGGUCCUCGGUAACACAUACGGCAUGUGUAUCCUCCAGGAUUUCGAGGCCGUGACGCCAAAUAUCCUUGCGCGAACGAUCGAGACGGUCGAGGGAGGCGGGCUGGUGGUGCUGCUACUCAAGGGAAUGAACAGCCUGAAGAGCCUCUACACAUUGUCUAUGGACGUCCACUCGCGAUACCGAACCGAAGCCUACGACGAUGUUGUCGCCAGAUUCAACGAGCGGUUCAUAUUGUCGCUCGGGAGCUGCGACUCGUGCCUGGUGAUUGACGACGAGUUCAACGUGUUGCCCAUAUCGGGAGGGAAAGAUGUCAAGGCGCUUCCGCCCCCAGACUUGGAUCAGCCCAAGACCGCAACCCAAGAGGAGCUGGAUAAUCUCAAGGAGAGCCUGGAGGACACCAAACCCGUUGGGUCACUGGUGAAGCUUGCGAAGACGGUGGACCAGGCCAAGGCCCUGUUGACGUUCUGCGACGCCAUCUCGGAGAAGACCUUGAGGAAUACUGUCACCCUGACCGCUGCGAGAGGAAGAGGUAAAUCUGCGGCAAUGGGUGUGGCUGUCGCAUCAGCUGUCGCGUAUGGUUACAGCAAUAUCUUCGUCACAUCGCCUUCUCCUGAAAACCUGAAGACGUUCUUCGAGUUCAUCUUCAAAGGAUUCGAUGCCUUGGGUUACGUCGACCAUCUUGAUUACUCUAUCAUUCAGGCCACCUCGCCGGAGCUGAACAAGGCCAUCGUCAGAGUCAACAUUCACCGGGACCACAGACAAACGAUCCAGUACAUAAGACCACAGGAUGCGCAUGUGCUUGGACAGGCUGAACUGGUCGUCAUAGACGAAGCUGCUGCCAUCCCAUUACCACUCGUGAGGAAGCUGAUGGGGCCGUACCUUGUCUUUAUGGCAUCUACAAUCAAUGGUUACGAGGGAACCGGGCGCUCUCUGUCGCUGAAGCUGAUUAAGCAGCUAAGAGAGCAGUCAAGACCAGGCGCGUCCGUCAGCGGAGAGGGCGAGGUUGCAGACAGAUCAACGGGCAGGGCCGCCAAGAAUCAGGAGUCCUCCCACCUCGGUGGCAGGACACUGCGAGAGAUUACUUUGUCAGAGCCAAUCCGUUACGCACAAGGAGAUUCUGUGGAAAGGUGGCUGAACAGGCUUCUCUGCCUGGACGCAACACUGCCAAAAGCAAAGCUCAGCCAGGGCUGCCCGGACCCAGCGCAGUGUGAGCUGUUGCACGUCAAUCGCGAUACCCUCUUCAGCUUCCAUCCCGUGCCGGAGAAGUUCCUGCAGCAGAUGGUCUCACUUUACGUUUCGAGUCAUUACAAGAACAGUCCUGACGACCUCCAGCUCAUGAGCGACGCACCUUCCCACGAACUGUACGUAUUGGUGCCGCCUGGGGCAACAGAAGGGAGUCGUCUCCCGGAACCGCUUUGUGUCAUUCAAGUGGCUCUUGAGGGCAAGAUCAGCCGGCAAAGUGUGAUCAACUCUCUGAGCAGAGGACGGAGACCCGAUGGUGACUUGAUACCAUGGCUGGUCAGCCAGCAGUACCAGGAUGACGAGUUUGCUUCCUUGUCCGGGGCCAGAGUUGUCCGGAUUGCAACAAACCCAGAUUACGCCUCAAUGGGAUACGGAUCAAAAGCGCUGCAACUUUUGACCGACUACUAUGAGGGCAGGUUUACGAACCUCGCGGAGGAUGCGGAUGUAGCAGUUGAGGAGACGAUAACCAGGGUGACGGACGCAGAGCUUGCAGAUGCGAACCUGCUGGAUGACAACAUCAAGAUCAGGGACCAGAGCAAAAUGCCCCCACUGUUUUCGGUUCUCUCUCAACGCAGGCCGGUAGAACUCGACUAUGUCGGUGUAAGUUACGGACUGACGCAGCCCCUGCACAAGUUCUGGAAACGGUCGUCGUUCGCACCGGUCUAUCUGAGACAAACGGCCAACUCGUUGACGGGCGAGCACACGACCGUCAUGAUCAGGCCGCUGGAGAGGAGCGGCGACAGGAGCUGGCUUGGUGCCUUCUCCCGUGAUUUCCACCGCCGAUUCAUGGAGCUGCUCUCCUACCAAUUCAGGACGUUCCCCUCGGUCUUGGCUCUGAGCAUUGACGAGAGCGCCAACGCUGGAGCAGCACUUGACGACGUCGAGCCCCGCCCAUUAACCAAGGCAGAGCUCGAUGAGCGCUUCACUCCCCACGAUCUGAAGCGUCUGGAGUCGUACGCGAACAACAUGUUGGACUACCACGUCAUCCUCGAUCUCAUCCCAAGAAUAGCAGAACUCUACUUCUCGGGACGUAUCAAGAACGCAGUCAAAUUGUCGGGUAUCCAGCAGUCGAUCCUCCUCUCGGUCGGUCUUCAGCGCAAGGAUAUGGAUGCUGUUGCGGAAGAACACGGAAGCCUCCAAUCGUCGCAGUUGCUCGCCAUGUUCAUCAAGAUCCUGCGCAAGAUCACGACACAUUUCAGCAGCGUUGUUUCAGGGGCGUACGAUGCCGAGAUGCCCCGGACGGACAUUGGCGUCAGCCGCGAAAACGCGACUGGCGUGCAUGACGACGAGAUUGUCGACAGCAAGUUCCAACCUUUGGAGAAGGCUCUGGAGGAGGAGCUUGACGAGGAGGGAGAUGAGGCCCUGAAGGAGGUCAGGAGGAAGCAGAGAGAGCUGAUUGACUCUCUGCCUCUUGAUCAAUACCAAAUCGAGGGCAACGAAGAAGUGUGGAAAGACGCCGAGGAGCAGGUCAAGAAGGGCAAGGGAAGCAAUGUGGUCAGCGUCAAGAGCAGCAAGCAGAAGAGGAAGGCUGGCCAGACCGCGGAGGAGGUCUAUAAUGAGGCUUUCGGUGAAAAGAAGCACAAGAAGCACAAGAAACCCAAGAAAUAA